UGGAGCCGCCGAUCAAACACCAGACGGGCAUUCCAUUCAUCCUUAAGAGUUACAGUGGAGAGCAGAAGAUGCUGAUUGCAACCUGAAUGCUGCUGCUGCUUCUGCUGUGUUAGCAGUAGAGGGAGAUAGAGGGAGGGAGAGAAGAUGAAGUUCGAAAUCGAAGACGUGACGGUGUAUUUCCCGUACGAGCAGAUAUACCCGGAGCAGUACGAGUACAUGGUGGAGCUGAAGCGAGCCCUAGAUGCCAGAGGACACUGCCUCCUCGAGAUGCCCACCGGCACCGGCAAGACCAUUGCUCUCCUCUCGCUCAUCACCAGCUACGCCCUCUCCAAGCCCUCCAAUCCCCUCAAGCUCCUCUACUGCACCCGCACCGUCCACGAGAUGGAGAAAACCCUCGCCGAGCUCCGCCUCCUCCACCGCUACCAGGUCCUCCACCUCGGCCCCUCCGCCCGCCUCCUCGCCCUUGGCCUCUCCUCCCGCAAGAACCUCUGCAUCAACCCCUCCGUCGUCUCCGCCGACAACCGCGACACCGUCGAUGCCGCCUGCCGCAAGCUCACCGCCAGCUGGGUCCGCGCCCUCGCCGUCGAGAACCCUAACGUCCCUACCUGUCCCUUCUUCGAGAACUACGAAAGGGCCGCCUCCGAGGCCGUCUUGCCCCCGGGCGUCUACACCUUGCAGGAUUUGAGAACAUUUGGGAAGGAGAAAGGGUGGUGCCCCUACUUCCUUGCGCGCCAUAUGGUGCAGUUUGCCAACGUUGUGGUUUACAGUUACCAGUACUUGCUUGAUCCGAAGGUGGCUGGCAUCAUAUCCAAGGAAAUGCAGAGGGAAUCUGUGGUGGUGUUUGAUGAGGCGCACAACAUUGACAAUGUGUGUAUUGAAGCUCUCAGUGUCAGUGUCAGGAGCCAGACACUUGAAGGGGCAACAAGAAAUCUCAAUAAGAUGUCUCAGGAUAUUGAAAGGUUUAAGGCCGUUGAUGCAGGCAGAUUACGUGCAGAAUAUAACCGGCUUGUUGAAGGUUUGGCACAAAGGGGGAAUUUACCUAUUGGGGAUGCUUGGCUUACAAAUCCUGCUCUACCUGAUGAUAUACUAAAAGAAGCAGUGCCAGGAAAUAUUCGCCGAGCGGAGCAUUUCCUUUCUGUGUUACGUAGGUUAGUGCAGUAUCUCAAAGGACGUCUGCAAACUGAGAAUGUUGAAAAGGAGGGACCUGUUGGCUUUGUGGCCUCUGUAAAUGCGCAGGUUGGGAUUGACCAGAAGGUUCUGAGAUUCUGUUACGAUCGCCUGCACUCUCUGAUGCUGACGCUAGAGAUAACUGACACAGAUGAAUUUUUACCAAUUCAAACAAUUUGUGACUUUGCAACACUUGUAGGGACAUACACUCGGGGCUUCUCAAUUAUAAUUGAACCUUUUGAUGAGAGAAUGCCAAACAUUCCAGAUCCUGUGUUGCAGCUUAGCUGCCACGAUGCCUCUCUUGCCAUAAAGCCUGUUUUUGAUCGGUUCCAGUCAGUUGUAAUUACUUCUGGAACUCUGAGCCCAAUUGAUCUCUACCCUCGUCUUCUUAAUUUCAAUCCAGUUAUUAGCCGAAGCUUUACAAUGUCAUUGACAAGAGAUUGCAUAUGCCCCAUGGUUUUGACUCGUGGAAGUGAUCAGCUUCCAGUUAGCACAAAAUACGACAUGAGAAGAGAUGAAAGUGUGGAAAGAAAUUAUGGGAGGCUUUUGCUGGAGAUGGUGUCUAUUGUUCCCGAUGGAAUAGUGUGCUUUUUUGUUAGUUACUCAUAUAUGGAUGGAAUAGUCAAUAGUUGGAAUGAGAAGGGCAUUCUAAAGGAAAUAAUGCAACAUAAGCUUGUCUUCAUUGAGACUCAGGAUGUAGUGGAAACCACAUUAGCUCUAGACAACUAUCGCAAAGCUUGUGAUUGUGGGAGAGGUGCUGUCUUUUUCUCUGUUGCCAGGAAAUUGGAGUUUUUAGUGGGAAUUCUAUCAGCAAGCAGCACUAGCCCACGCAGCCCCUGAAAUUCAAGGAUCUUUGUACAAGAAUCUCCCUUUUUUGUCAGAUCUUUAUAUAAUCAUGGAGUACAGACAGGCAAGGGUAGAACUUCGAUCAUAAUUUUCAGUAUAAAAGAGGUCCUUUGUGCAUGGGUUAUGUCUUCAUAAAUUUUUUUGUUUAAUUAUGUACAUAUAAAUUAGACAUUGAUACAUCCAUAUGCAACUUAGGAAACACUGACAUUUUGGAUGCCCGAUCCUUGCCUGACAUGUAUUGGAUACAGAUAUUCUCAGGUACACUGGGAUACAUGUAAAACAGAAACAUUUCUAUUUUUUUAAACUAAUAAUUUCUUAUUUUUUCUUUCUUUUAAUAUUUCUAGGAACAACUCUGAAAAAAAAGUUAAUUUUUCUUUUGUAUGAACGAUACUUAUACUAUCACUACAAACUUAAUGGUAUCUUAAAUUGGAUCAGUGAUAUAUUUUGAUAUUUCAUAUAUUAUUUCACAUGACAUGAUAUCUUCAUGUUGGAUUUGUGGUACUUUUUUUAUGUUUUGACUAUUUUUAGUUAUUAAACAUUAUUAAGAAGAUGCAAACGUAUAUAUACAUAUAUUUAUCUUUUUGUCACCUCCAUGUCUUUAAUUUUACCAGAUUGCCGUAUCCUCUGUCUGUGCCCAUAUCUGUUUUCGCAUCUGUAUUGAUAUGGGUGCUUCUUGCUACCCAGCUUGCCCGGAUUUAUUGUGAUGAUUAUGAUUCUUGUAUUCUUCUAGGGGCAAAGGGGCAGAAGCUUCUUACUACACUGCAUACCAGGAACCAGUGUGAUGAUUAUGAUUUUGAUU